AGUCUGCAUAGAUAAGUCAUUCAAAAGGAUAAAGAUAAAUUUACACACACAAAUCUUCCCCACAUAAGCAAAACAGACCCAGGAAGAAGAUAGCAAUUAAAAAUUUUGCCCCCGCGCCAUCUUUAAAAGUCCAAUAUUUACACGAAAAACGCGGGAAGGAAGGAAGGGCACCGCCACACUCACCUCCACCUACACAGCCUCCUUAUUUUCCUUGUUUUCCUUGCUUAAUAUUGUGUGUGCGUGGCUGGGACUCACUUAUGCCACUGCCAUUACACCGUUGAGGAGGUGGAGAACAUAAUAACAGUCAAAUAGGAGGAGAUUAUCGAGUAUUUGAAGGAAGAAGAGGAGGAGAAGGAGGAGGCUCAGAGUGUGCAAGUGAAUCCCAAACAAGUUUCCAGCAACCUUUUACGAAUAUUGUCUCCCCUAUAAGGUAGAGCGAGACAGUCAGCGCCGCCAAGAUGAUGAUGCUGCGGCCACAAGACCUCAGCGAGUUUGAGCUGCUGAGGGAACAGAACAUACAGAAGAGGAAACAGAUGAUGGAUGCCCUGAUGAAGGACUUCCAGGAGUUCAAGGCCAGCGUGGCGCCCCCCAAGCCGGCCAUCCAGGAGGUGCAGCGGCCGCCCAGGAAGCAGCAGCAGCGGAGGCGGUGCAGCGAGGGAUGGGCACCGCGCAGACACACUCGCAGCCACAGCGCCGGACACAGGUUCAUGCCGUACACCUCGCCGCCAAAGACAAGGAGCCAGAAGGAGCGCCCCCUCACCCCGCAGGAGGAGUGGGAGCGGCUCAUCCAGGACGAUGACGUCAACCCCUACUGGGUACCCCUGGAGGAGGACGAGGAUGAGGAGAACAGGGAGCCGCGCCUUCUCUACGUCAAGUUCCGCUUCCCCGUCCGCCACCACCAAAGCUCUGACGGCGCCCAAUCAGACAAGGAGGACGAGGAUGAGGACGAUGACAUUCAGUGCUUUGUGGAGGACCUGGACGUUGCCAAGAUGCGGCGGGUCACCCAGUACGAGCCGCCCUACACCGGCGAGGCGGCCCGGCGGAGCAGCACGGGGUCCACACGGGGCAGCGAGGGGUCUGGCGGUGGGCGACGGCGGGGCGGCGGCAACCUGACCUUCGACCCCAACGUGAAUAUUCAAAUGCCGGAGGACAUCAGUGCCUCGGCCCUGAGGAACGUGGCGGAUCGAAGCGGCGGGAAGACUUACAACGCACACAUAGGAACCACUUGUCAUCAAUGCAGACAGAAGACGAUGGAUACGAAGACGGUGUGCCGCUCAGGGGACUGCUCUGGGGUCCGCGGUAUGUUCUGCGGGCCGUGCCUCAAGAACCGGUACGGAGAGGACGUCCGGGAGGCUCUCAUGGACGCUCGUUGGAUGUGCCCCCCCUGCCGUGGCCUAUGCAACUGCUCAAUCUGCCGCAACCGAAGUGGGAAGGGAGCGACGGGCAUCCUUAUAAACAUCGCUCGGGCUCGCGGCUUCGACAACGUGAAAGACUAUUUGGAGAGCCUGACCAAGUAGUGGGGGGUGUGGAAGGGGCUGUGUUUAUUCUCUCUCUCUUUCUCUCUGCCUCUGUUUAUGUAUAUGUAUCUCCCUGUCUUUCUCUGCCUCUAAUUCAUUCAUUCGCUCUUUUUCUGGGUGAUUUUCUGUCUCACUUUCUAUGUCUGUGUGUGUGUGUGUGUCUCCCUCUCUAUCUCUCUCUUCAUCUCAUUUUCUCUCUUUCUCUUCUUUCUCUGUCUCUCUCCAUCUCAUUUUCUCUAUCUCGUCAUCUCCUUUUCUUUCUGUUUCCUAUUCAUUCUCUGUGUCUCUGUCCAUCUCCUUUUUUUCCUCUCUCUCUGUCUUUCUAUCUCCUGUUCUCUCUCUCUCCCUCCCUUCCUCCCUUGCAUUCUCUUCUAAUUCAAGUUUUUUCAAUGUGGUGUUCUGUCACAAGGAAAGUUUUAACAUUCUUUUUGGUACAAUUUUUACUUCUUUUAUCACAUUAUUCUGCCGUCGAGGUUUUAGUGAUAUUUGUUUGUGGUUUUAUUUUUUAUCUUUUGUGCUGUAUAUAUUGUUGAAAAAAUGAGUGUUUCUUGCAUGUCCCAAAGAGGUAUAAAUGCUGAGGUAUAUGGCGGGGAUCAGGUGGCAAGAUAGGGUGACCAGUGCAGAUGUGGCUAACAGAUGUGGAGUAGAGGACCUGGAAACAGUGCUCACAAGGGAAAGACUUCGAUGGUUUGGACAUGUGAAGAGAGUAGGUGAGGAUACAGUGCUGGAGAGAUUGGAGGUAGAAGGAAGGAGACCAGUUGGUAGACCUAGGAAAACGUGGAGAAGGUGUAUACAGGAAGACUUGGCACUGAUGGGAUUGGAUGAGCAUCAGGAAGGAAGAGGGAGCUGUUAAACUAUCAAAAAGGCGUCCCAUAGGUCGUCUGUCCUAGCCACCCUCUCUUGGGACAUCAGAGGGAGGAGAGAGGAUGUCAGCUCUGUGUAGGUUAGGUAAGGUUAGGUUUUAUUUCAUUCCACAAAGAAAAGGAAGAGGGAGCUGUUAAACUAUUAGGAAGGCGUCCCAUAGGUUGUCUGUCCUAGCCAGCCUCUCUUGGGACAUCAGAGGGAGGAGAGAGGAUGUCAGAGCUCUGUGUAGGUUAGGUAAGGUUAGGUUUUAUUUCAUUCCACAAAGAAAAGGAAGAGGGAGCUGUUAAACUAUUAGGAAGGCGUCCCAUAGGUCGUCUGUCCUAGCCACCCUCUCUUGGGACAUCAGAGGGAAGAGAGAGGAUGUCAGAGCUCUAUGCAGGUUAGGUAAGGUUAGGUUUUAUUUCAUUCCACAAAGAAAAGGAAGGAAAAGGGAGCUGUUAAACUAUUAGGAAGGCGUCCCAUAGGUUGUCUGUCCUAGCCAGCCUCUCUUGGAACAUCAGAGGGGAGAGAGAGGAUGUCAGAGCUCUGUGUAGGUUAGGUUAGGUUAGGUUUUAUUUCAUUCCACAAAGAAAAGGAAGGAAAAGGGAGCUGUUGAACUGUUAAAAAGGGGUCCCAUAGGUUGUCUGCCCUAGCCAGCCUCUCUUGGGACAUCAGAGGGAGGAGAGAGGAUGUCAGAGCUCUGUGUAGGUUAGGUAAGGUUAGGUUUUAUUUCAUUCCCCAAAGAAAAGGAAGAAGGAAGGAAGGAGGAGCUGUUAAAUUGUUAAAAAGGGGUCACAUAGGUUGUCAUGGUCAUUUUUUUCCUCCUGGGGCAUCUACAGAAGGGAGCGUGUUAUUGCUAUAUGUAGGUUAGGUUAGGUUAGGUUUUAUUUCAUGCCCACAGAGAAGGAGGGAGGUACGUGGGCCGUCUGUCAAGUGAGGGAACAGAGUGCCAUUGCUGUAUGUUGGUAAGGUUUUAUUUGACUCCUAAAUAGAGAGAGUGGCAUGGUCCGUCCAAGAGUCUCGAGACUGAGGAACUUUUGCAACACGACACUUGUAUUGCGUUUUCUGUUGUUCCUUGUCGCCCUAGGUAGUUACGUAUUGAUUCUAUGAGCUGGUUUCACAGUCCAACACAGUGUCUUCGUAACAGCCCGAACCAAACUAUAGAAUCCCAUACAAUCCAUAAUGGGGAGGUCUUCGAUGCCACACUAAAUACACAAGACUUUUCCCGUAUAGUUUCAUCAAAUUCGUGAACUUGAAUACAAACACCAGACACUAUACAAGGAAAUUUCGAAGCUUUUGGUUUGGGAGCUUACUAACCCAUCAUGGGGAACUGUGAAACUGGCCCUGUGUUAUCCUGACGAAGGCUUUAACUCAUUUAAGAAUUUGUACAUUGCUCAGUUCUGCAUUGUGUCACAUCACCGUGGACAGAGGCGGAGACGUCAGCACCAGUAUGUGUGUGUUGGGACCUGUACAUAGGGUUGAGUUGUUCAUCCGGUGUGAAAUAAAAUGUAAAUUACUGUUA